AUGCUUCAAGAUUCUUCAUUAAAUCAAAUUCAGCAAUUCUUAUUGCCUUCCGUUUCUAAUCAGCCUGUCAAUGAUCUAACCAUAGCGUCUCCAGCGACUGCAUCGUUAGCUUCGACUCCAAAAACUGUUAACAUUAUUAAUCCUACUAGUUCAAACAUUCAACAGUCAGAAUUUAUACCACACAUUUUCUAUUCUUUAUACCAGAUAACUAAAGAUCCAAAUAACUCAGCCAAUCAACUUGAGACUACAACAUCUUCGAUUAAGAACAAGCUUAAGAAUUGUAAAAAGUUUAUCGAAAAUGAUGUUAAUUCUAUAAAUUUGUUAUCUAAAUCUAUUGAUGAAUGGGAAAUAUAUUUAAAACAAAGAGACCAAGAAAUAGCUGUUAGACAGAAACUGUUAAGCAAUUUGAAUUUACAAAUUACAGAUAUUCUCGACGAGAAUAUGGAUAGUCAAAAUAAUAAUGAAGAAAAGAGCUCACAUAGAACAAUUACAAUGGAUAAUCCAUUAAUACCGGAAAAUAAAGAAUUAGCUGUUAAUAAUGUUGAAUUCGAUCUAGCUUUUGCCCCAAAAACUAAUAUUACAGCAGAUAUAGCUGAAAGUGAAGUAAAGAAAACUAAUGGCACCGCUAGCGGUAUUAAUGGAAUAAACGAAGCAAGUAUUUAUAACGACAGUAUCAUUAAUACUAGUAAUAAUGAUGGUGAGAAUGGCCAAAAUAAUAACAUUAAUGUCAAUUCUAUUCCAAAUGCAGAUGAUAAUAAUGGCGUUAUUGAUCCAACAAAAAUGAAUGAUACUAAUGCAUCUCCAAAUACUUUCAGUAAUGAAGAUAUUUCUAUGACAGAUAUAUAG